AUGACGGCGUCAACAUCUGAAAAGUACAUUGAAGCCCAUAAGAACUUUUUGAUCUUUGAUAGGGCCAAGUUUAAUAGUGACUCUCAGUACAAGUCAUUUGAUGUCUUUCUUGGUGGGGCCCUUUCUGGUACUUAUGGGGUUCUCGAUCUGCCUACUCUUCAACCAGUCUUUACACUUGAUCACGAUGACUAUCCCGCUAAACUCGAUUCCGCUAUUUCCAGUAUAAUUGAAUCCACUGAUCUUGUCAAAGCUAUAGAAACAACCUCGGAUUUCAUUUGUGCUGCCGCUUGUCUUUUACAACUCUUUAUCCAGACAAACUUUACAGGCCCUGCGGCUAGUAUCGACAUUUAUUCAAAGACCGUCAAGGUGGCUGCUGACCAACAAAAGACUUUUGAUUCUGAGAUUAUUGAUUCUUUGCUUAUUGAAGGCGAACCUGUUUACAUUUUGACCAGCAACCCUCAUUUGAUCUUGGCUAGUACGCGUUUUCUCAAGGCUAUCAUCGACAAUGAGAAGCUUUCUGACACUGCUUUAUUACCCUUUGCCAAACUAUGGCUUGCAAGAGUCAGUGUUAUUUACCAAUCACUUCUCGAUAACACUGUGUCCUGUCUCCAUGAACAAGUUUUUGACGGAUAUUCAAUUGCCAAUCUUAAGGGUCUAUUAAACAUGACGGAUUCGACUAUACCUGCCGAUCUCCUUUCCCAACACUUGCAGACAGUCUUUUACGCCGAACUUACACGCGCUGAGCUUGCGUUUGGACUCGAUGCCAAUGCUGAGCGUACCUUGGCUGUUUCUGUAAAAGCUUCACAGCUGCAAAUGGCAAUCACUGGUGUCAAGGGCAAACGUACCAAGUUCCAGCGCACAGAAACACAUCAACUAGUUUUGCUUGCAAAGUCUAAGCACAACAAGGAUGACGACCCAGACGACAGUUUUGAUUCGCUUCCACCACCACCCAUUGCCCUUGAGCUCAAUUCAGAUUUGUUGCUUGACAAAAUUAGUUACACAAAGAUUUCCGAUAACGAAGAUAUAUUCCGCGAUUACGAGUCUCUUCCGGAAGAGUUGCGCAACUUGGAUCCGAACCGACAACCAACUUUGCAGGAUAUCGACUCUGCACUUGUUUUGCUGAAGUUGGCCUACAUUAAGGAGACUUCUACUUCUGAUAACAUUCUAACACAAGAAGAAAUGCUUGCAUUAGCUAACCGUAUUAUUGAAAGUAAGGAUGGUAGCGUCAACUGGUGCUUGUAUAGUCGUGCGCUUUGGGAACGCAGUGUACUUGAGUCUCGUGCUGCGCAGACAGUAGAGCGUGGAACUUUGCAGAUGCAAAGUCUGGUGGAAGAACUGGGCCAAAAUUCCGCAACUUUUCUUGCUACGCCACAAACUGACAACAUUUCUGAGCGGUUGUCUUACAUCCACUCUCUGGUUCCACUGCCAAAAUGGGCUAUGGAUUCGAAACUGGCAGAGCAGUUCAUGAGCAUUGGUUCAAUUAAGUCUGCAAUUGAGGUAUACGAACGAUUGGCUAUGUGGCACCAAGCUGCUCUGUGUUACGCAGUUGUCGGCCAGGAAAACAAAGCCCAAGAAGUUUUGAGAGAUCACUUGGCCAAACAUCCCAAAGAUGCUCGGGCUUGGAGCAUUCUUGGUGAUAUUAACCAAGAUCCUGAACUGUGGAAGCAUGCUUGGGAUGUUGGCAAGUACCCUGGUGCUCGCCGAUCACUUGCAUCGUACUACUAUAACCCGCCUAAAUCUGCAGGUAUUCCAAGAAAUAUUGAUCUGGCCAUCAAAUACAUGAACGAGGCCCUUAGGAUUAACCCAAUGCACUUCAAAACUUGGUUCAUGUAUGGGUGUGCUGGAUUGGAAACAGAGCAGUAUGAACUUGCUGCAGAGGCCUUUACUCGAUGUGUUGCGUUGGAAGAUGAUAGUGGUGUUUCAUGGAGUAAUCUUGCUUCUGCGUUACUACGUCUCGACAAGAAGAAGGAGGCACUAAAUGCGCUAAAACAAGCCGUAAAGUACGUCACUAGCAAGCUCAAAUGGAAAGUUUGGAGUAAUUAUGUUACUGUUGCAACAGAGUUGCAGGAGUGGUCUGAAGUACUUCUCGGCAUGCGUGAGGUCCUCAAGCUGAGCAAAAAUGACGUCGAGUCAGCUGGCGAUGUUGCUGUACUAGAGCAAUUAUCUAACGUCCUUGUACGGACUGACUGGAAUCCUUCUUCACUUACAUUUUUUCAAAAAUCGGCUACUGAACUUUUCACAUCAACACUCCCUCCCCUUAUUACACACAACCCACGAUUGUGGCGGGUUGUUUCACGUGUGGAGCUAUGGCGUGGACAUCCUUGGGCUGCUCUAGAUGCUUACGAAAAGGGGUUCCGAAUCUAUACCCAUCAGCCACAGGUGGAAAUCGAGGAAGCCGUUUGGAACGAAGCCGUGGAAUUUUGUGGAGAACUUGUGGACGCAUACGCCAAUUUGGGUCCUCGCGAAGGUCGACUGGGAGAAGAUACUGUUGUUUGUGCCAACCAUAAGUUCAAGGCGCGAUCUGCAGUGAGAUUACUCAUUGGCAAGGGCAAAAAAUACUGGGAGGAUAGUCCUGGAUGGGAGAAGCUUCUUGAAAUUAAAGAAUCAAUUGAGUAG